GCUCUGAAGAGAUCACUUUCUAGUUAAAGAUGGCUGCUGAUACCUCUGUUGAAAUACUUCAAAAAGUUCUGGAGAAUGAAAUACUUCAGACUACCAAGGUUGUGGAAGAGCAUCUGGAUGCUGAAAUGCAGAAGCUGGACCAAAUGGAUGAAGACGAAUUAGAAUGCCUUAAACAAAGGAGGCUUGAGGCACUAAAAAAGGCCCAGCAGCAGAAACAAGAGUGGCUUUCAAAAGGACAUGGAGAAUACAGAGAGAUCCCAAGUGAGAGAGACUUCUUCCAAGAAGUCAAAGAAAGUAAAAAUGUGGUUUGCCACUUCUAUAGAGAUACAACUUUCAGGUGCCAAAUAAUGGACAAACAUUUGACUGCAUUGGCAAAAAAGCAUGUUGAGACAAAAUUCUUGAAAUUAAAUGCUGAAAAAUCUCCUUUCUUGUGCGAGAGACUGCGCAUCAAAGUAAUUCCCACUCUAGCAUUAGUAAAAGAUGGAAAAACACAAGACUAUGUUGUGGGCUUUACUGAUCUUGGUAACACUGAUGACUUCACUACAGAGACUUUAGAAUGGAGAUUAGGCUGUGCAGACAUAAUUAAUUACAGUGGAAACUUGAUGGACCCACCUUUUCAAAGUCAAAAGAAAUUUGGAACAAGUUUUACUAAGUUAGAUAAGAAGACCAUCAGAGGAAAGAAAUAUGAUUCAGAUUCUGACGAUGACUAGAAGAACGGCUAAACGUAUUUGUAAAUCAUCUUUUGUUUAUGCUUGGUACAUUUCUAAAAAUGUUUUUUAUAAAGCUCACUGCUCUUCAUUACAUCUGCACAUAAUGCUCAUUUUUCUAUACAGUUUUAUACAACUGAGUCAUAGCAGAAAAAAGCUU